CUAUUCCUUGUGAAAUUCAAUGACUGGCUCUUUUUAUGCAUACAGAUACUUUGACAGUUAGCCACAUUUCGUUUAAAUAAAGUGUUGUUCACACGUGAGUUAUCUAUACACCGAAAUACAUUGGCUGGCAAACUCGCACUGUGGACGAUUACUGCAGUCGAGAAAAAAAAAACACAUACAAAACAUUCAGAGAAAGAGAGAAUUUAUGAAAAGUCAACGCAAAACAUCCAAUUCACCGACAACGUUGUCAUUGAAACAAACUAAUUGAACGCAUAAUACAAACAAUUAUUUAAAAAAUUGAAUAUUUCUGAUUAGAAACAAUUUCCGAUUUGCUAGACAUUAUUUUAAAACUUAAUCGGAAAAGAAUUUUUUCCAAAAGUUAUAUACGCAUAAUGGAAGAGGGCGAAAAUAAUAAUUCUGAUUCGAACAGUGAAAUAGGAGCUACAAAUGAUUCCAAUUUACAAGUAACAACAGCAACCACGUCGAAAUCACCGAAACGAUAUAAGUUGGAUCCAAACGUUCCGUCGACAUCAACUCAAUCUGAAUGCAAUAUGAAAACAAGUUCCGAAGAUGUUAAGAAUGUGACACAAGAAAUGGCAGAAAAAUCAGAAGCAACUAGUGGCAGUAGUUGUGGCGGUGAUAGCGGUAGUGAAAGUAAGAAAAAUAAAAGUCUCUUUGAGCGAUUUCCAAAGCGAAACUAUCGCAAGCGUUCGGAUUCACAAUCAUCGAAAGAGAGCAGUCCAAUGGAAGCGUCAUCAUCAACCCAACAAUCAAAUAAUGUAAAUCCAGAACAUGCAAAUAAUCAAGAGAAACCGAUCGUUACACCGCCAAAUAAUUCCGAUGAAGCCAUGAUGUUACAAAUGGAUGAUGAAAGUUCAUUCACCAGUACCAGUAGUGAUCAAGAUGAUCAAACUGACGAUGACGAAUCAUCAGAAAGUUCUGGAAAUUCCACCGAAAAUGAGCAGAAAAUUCAAACGAUUUUAAACAAAGCAAAACCAAAAUGUGACUUAAAUUUGGUACGAAAUUUGAUUAAUCGCCAAUCUGGUAUAUUUUACAAAGGUGAUCGUCGCAUUUACGUCAAUGACGCACUUAGACUGACCCAACGUAUCAGCAGUUCGAUUUAUAGCGUUGAACGAAUGAUGUGUUUGCAUAAAUUGGAAAAACAUCGUGGUUGCGUUAAUUGCCUUAAUUUCAAUAAAGCUGGAAAUUUACUUGUCACUGGUUCCGAUGAUUUGGAUGUGAUUGUAUGGAAUUGGGCGAAAAAACAACCAAUUAUUGUAGAAACAUCACAUCAUCGUGCGAACGUUUUUCAAUCGAAAUUCGUUGACAAUGGCACGGCUACCAAUCAAAAGGAUUUUAAUUUAAUCACAUCGGCACGUGACGGUGAGGUGCGACAAAUUCAAGUCACACCAGAUGGUAGUGCUCAUCAUCGUACCAUUACAAGUCAUAGUCGACCCGUUCAUAAAAUUGCAAUACCCGACUCGAAUCCAAAUGAAGUGCUAACAGCUGGUGAAGAUGGUUGUGUGAUGCGAAGUGAUUUAAGAGAUAAUCGACCGUCAGAGCGGCUGGUACAAUUAAAACCGCCAUUGUACAGUGUUGCUGCACAUCCGUAUGAUCCGGAAUUUUGUGUUUGUGGUAGAGAUAAAUUUGUUCGUGUCUAUGAUAUGCGUAAUAUUAAAGAAUGCUCAAAAAUGUUUUGCCCCGAGAAUAUUCUUGCACAAAAGCGAAAUGUAUGUUAUAUUAAUAUAACUUGUGCUUUAUAUAAUCAUAACGGUCAAGAGAUUCUUGCAUCGUUCGACGCAUCAAAUCGAUCGAAUAUUUAUUUGUUCGAUACAAAUGACAACACACCCGGCACAUAUAAAAAAAGUUAUUAUGGUCACAAAAAUAGUCAAACCAUAAAAGGUGUAAAUUUCUUUGGCUCGAAUUCGGAAUUCAUAAUGAGCGGCAGUGACUGUGGUAAUUUCUUUAUGUGGGAUAAAAAUAGCGAAGCAAUUGUACAAUGGCUACCGGGUGAUGAGAGUGGCGUUGUUAAUUGCCUAGAAGGCCAUCCACGGUUUCCAAUCAUUGCAACGUCUGGGCUGGAUCACGACAUUAAAAUUUGGAGUCCGAUGAAUGCAAAAGAUCGUCGGCCAUCCGAAAUUGAUUUGCGAAGAUGCAUCAAAACAAAUCUCCAUCAUGGUUCAGAGAAUUUUGUGCGAACGUACAUGCGAAGUAUAGCACGUUUGGUAAAUGGUGGAUAUCAUCGAUCAGGAAGAUCAACCAGCGAUGAUGAAACGUCCGAUUCAGAUGACGAAGAAGAUGGACUGCGCACUUUUUAUCGACCAGAUCGCAGCGGACCAUGCGAAGUUCAAUAAAUUCAAGGUUACAGAUUUAAUCUAAAUAUGCAUAGUAUUAAGUUAUUAAGAAGACCAACCGUUACAGUUUCGUUUGCAUCGAACGUCUCUUAUCAUUUUAUAUAUACAUAUUCGAUGUGAAGAUACGAACAAGAUUAUUUAAUUUAAAAAGAAAAAUAAACAUUCGAAAUAA